GGCACACACGGCGACCUGCCCUCAAACGAGGCCCGAGCCAAUAAAGCUAGAAGAAGGCUUUGCCUUGGAGUUAAGGCAGAAGAGUUUUGUGAUCGUUCAUCAUGAAGCGCGUAGCUGAAGAAAGAUUCAGAGUAACUGUUUUGCUUUUCAUAGUUCAAGCAGUUUCUGCUAUGGUACUUCCCAAUGCAACAUUAUUUGAGGAAAUGCUGGAAAAAUACAUGGAUGAAGAUGGUGAAUGGUGGAUCGCCAAGCAAAGAGGAAAAAGAGCUAUCACUGACAGUGAUAUGCAGAGUAUCUUGGAUCUUCAUAAUAAAUUACGGGGUCAAGUGUAUCCACAAGCAUCCAAUAUGGAAUAUAUGACGUGGGAUGUAGAGCUGGAGAGAUCAGCACAGUCCUGGGCUGAGACAUGUCUUUGGGAACAUGGGCCUGCAAGUCUUCUUCCAUCCAUUGGACAGAAUUUGGGAGCACAUUGGGGAAGAUACAGACCUCUAACAUUUCACAUCCAAGCAUGGUAUGAUGAAGUAAGAGACUUCAGCUACCCUUAUUCUCAAGAAUGCAAUCCUUAUUGCCCCUAUAGGUGCUCUGGGCCUGUGUGCACUCAUUAUACACAGGUGGUUUGGGCAACAAGUAGCAGAAUUGGCUGUGCUGUGAACUUAUGCCAUAACAUGAAUGUCUGGGGACAGAUAUGGCCGAAAGCAAUUUACUUGGUGUGCAAUUAUUCCCCAAAGGGCAAUUGGUGGGGGCAUGCUCCUUACAAGCAUGGCCGCCCAUGUUCUGCAUGUCCACCUAGUUUUGGAGGAGGCUGCAGAGAAAAUCUUUGUUAUAAAGAAGGUUCCGAAAGGAUUUAUUCUCCAGAGAUGGAAACCAAUGAGAUUGAACGGCAGCAAUCGCAUGUCCAGGAUACACCACAAAAUCGAUUAAGGCCACAUGUAAGUGUCCGUGAUGAUGGUGAAAGAAAUGAAGUCAUAAGCAAACAACAAAUGUCUCAAAUUGUUUCCUGUGAAGUACGGUUAAGAGACCAGUGCAAAGGAACAACUUGUAAUAGAUAUGAGUGUCCUGCUGGAUGCUUGGACAGCAAUGCCAAAGUUGUUGGAAGUGUACAUUUUGACAUGCAAUCAAGCAUUUGUAGAGCUGCAAUACAUUAUGGCAUCCUAGACAAUGAUGGUGGCUGGGUUGAUGUUACCAGGCAAGGAAGAAGAAAUUAUUUCAUUAAGUCCUAUAGAAAUGGAGUUCAGUCAAUUGGCAAAUACCAGUCAGCUAAUUCCUUCACAGUCUCUAAAGUACCAGUGCAAGCUGUCACUUGUGAAACAACUGUAGAACAAUUAUGCCCAUUUUACAAGCCAGCCACACAUUGUCCAAGGGUCUAUUGUCCUCACAAUUGCAUGCAGGCAAAUCCACACUAUGCCCGAGUGGUUGGAACACGAAUUUAUUCUGAUGUAUCUAGUAUCUGCCGGACAGCUGUACAUGCUGGAGUAAUUCGCAAUGAAGGCGGCUUUGUUGACAUUAUGCCAGUGGAUAAAAGAAGAAUGUACAUUGCUUCAUUCCAAAAUGGCAUUUCUUCAGAAAGUUUACAGAAUCCUUCAGGAGGCAAGGCAUUCCGGGUGUUUGCUGUGGUCUGAAGACAGCAAGUAAACUGUACAAAUAACAUCAAAAUACAGUGCUUGGAAGAAGAGAAAGAAAAUGCCAUUUAUCUACUUCCUCAAGUUUGUAUAAAGCUGUAAUAUUGCUGUACAGAAGAUAUUUACUAUUUUCUGAUUGAAAAAGUAUUUAACUGCUUGUAAAUCUUACUGGGGUGGGUGGGAAUCUGUAAAGUUAAACAUAGGAAAAUAACAUAUGAAAAACUAUGAUGAUAAGUAACUGGUUUUGAAUCCUGUGUAAAAUAUUGCUAUAUUUUCUUAGCAUUUAUUCCUAUGCAGUUCAUUCAAAGCUCAUAAAUGUUCCAGUUUAAAAAUCUGAAUACAUGAUGAUGAUGUUUUAUGUAUGCCACUAACAUUAAGUUUAAAGGGAUAUCUAUGAUAGAUCCUAUAUCCCUGUUCAUAGAAUUGUUCAUUGCUUAUAACUGGGAGGAAAGUAACUGAUAUAAGCAGUGGACAUGUAUUGCUACAGAAACAUACACUAAUCAGCAUGGAAACACAACAGAAUGGGAAAUUGUGCCAGUUUUAGACCAUGUUUCCUCUGAAUAUUUUUUAAAAAAUGUCAAUUAGAACAAAUCUUAGGACACAGACUAUAUAUAGAUUUUAAAAUACAUUCAUUGUAUAGGCAGCUUCAGUUUUUGUAUUGUGUUUG